GUUCAGUCAGGAUCAUGUAGAGUUACACAUUCACCUGCAUUUAAACUGGUGCUUGAUAGCCUCUGUCACUGGAUUCUUUUUGGUCUGAGAUCACAGAGUCGGAGAGAUGGGGUCCAGUUCAGUCCUGGUCUUUGUCCUGCUGUUUUCAGUCACUCUGCCAUUCAGUAGCGAUGGUGGGAAGAUACUGGUUUUCCCAAUAGAUGGGAGUCACUGGCUGAACAUGAAAAUCCUGGUGGAGGCGCUUCAUUCACAGGGCCACCAGAUCACAGUGAUACGUUCCUCAACCAGCUGGUAUGUGUCUGAGUUUUCACCCCAUUACACCUCCAUCACCAUCCCCCAGGAACAGUCUCAAAACAUAGAGAGCCAAAGCCACAUGAGCUCCUACUUGCAGAGGACAUUAGAUAUUCGUCGGAGAAGGGGAACCCUGAGGGCGUUUGUGGAAUUUUACUUGGACCUUUUCACUUUGUUAGGGGAGAACCAGAAAAGUGUUGCCGAUCUGGCUGGCUGCAUUUUUGAGAAUAAGACGCUGAUCAAGGAGCUGAAGGAAACUGGAUAUGAUCUUUGUCUGACUGACCCAGUGUUUCCGGGAGGAGUUCUGUUGGGACACUAUCUCCAGCUUCCCAUGGUUUUCAAUGUGCGCUGGCUUUUCAUUGGUGAGGCACACUUUGCCAUCGCUCCUACUCCUCUAUCCUAUGUUCCUGAGCUGUUCUCCCAUUAUUCUGAUGAGAUGGACUUUUUCCAAAGAGUGAACAAUGUAUUCUUACAUAGCGUUUUAGUUUACAUGUACCACUUUGUCACAAAUCCACCAUUCCAGGUUGUGUGUGAUAAAUACUUUGGCCCAGAUGUGACCGUCCUGUCCCUCAUUCAGGGUGGUGAUAUCUGGCUGAUGAGGGUCGACUUUACAUUUGAGUUUCCACGUCCCACCAUGCCCAAUGUUGUCUACAUUGGAGGGUUCCAGGGUCAUCCCUCAAAGCCUCUUUCAUCUGAUUUAGAGGAGUUUGUGCAGAGUUCUGGUGAACAUGGGGUCGUCAUCAUGACUCUCGGAACCCUGUUGGGUGACCUCGGCCCAGAGAUAUCGGAGAUCAUUGCCUCAGCCUUUGCCAACCUCCCUCAGAAGGUCGUGUGGAGGCAUAUCGGUCAAAGACCCGCCACAUUGGGAAACAACACCAGGCUGGUGAAAUGGCUUCCUCAAAACGACCUUCUUGGUCACCCUAAGACCAAAGUGUUUAUCACGCAUGGGGGCACCAAUGGAAUAUACGAAGCCAUGUACCAUGGAGUCCCUAUCCUGGGCAUGCCUCUAAUCUUUGACCAGUUUGACAACAUGGUGCGUCUGAAGGCCCGGGGAGUGGCUGAAAUGGUUGAAGUAACAGCAAUGGAUGUUGAAUCUCUGACAAGUGCUCUGAAGAAUAUGCUGGAUCCCAAGAAGCCGUACAAACCGAAUAUGCUCAGACUGUCACAGCUCCAUCACGACACACCAAUUAAACCAUUAGACAGUGCCGUUUUCUGGACGGAGUACGUCAUGAGGCACAAAGGCGCAGCACACCUGCGCACCGAGUCAUACAAGAUGCCAUGGUAUGCCUAUCACAGUCUAGAUGUGAUGGCAUUCUUAGCAGCAUGUGGUUUGCUAAUCAUCACAUUUAUUUUGGGUUCUUGUAAAUGUCUCAUUGGAUGUUUAUUCAAGACAAAGAAGUCCACAUUAAAGCCAAAGAAAGAAUAGAUAACAUGAGGAUGAAGUAGGAUAGCUGAGAGAAGUGAGAUUAUAUAGACAACGCUGAAAAUUAACACACAUUGAUGAGAGGCAAAAAGCUGUGAAGGUGGAAAUCUGUUCAUGAAAAAGAUGUGUAAUAGCUAUUAAAUGACAAAGCUAUGAGCUCCUUUCUCUCUGCUGCACUGAUUUUUUAAUUUGGCAAAUUUCCCAUUUUCUGCAGAAAUCAUUUCUGGAUUUUGUGUCAUUUCACUAAAUGUUCAGUGAUAACUUUGUAUCUUCCUUUUUUUAAAUCUGUGAAUUAUCAUGAGUUUGUAUGAAACAAUGCCUGGGGCUGAAUCACAAAAAUAAAAGGUGACAGCGUGUGAAGACAAUUUGAUAUUUUUAAGAGCAAAUGUUGGAUCUCU